AUGUUCAAGAAAACCGCUGCAAAGCGUGUGGUGAUGGUGAGCAGUGACUUUUCACGGGCGAAGCAGACGGCGCAGCUCUUCGCCCAAGCGUUGCGCAAGGCCGGGCGAAUUUGCCCCUUACGGAUCGCCAAGGAGUUGCGAGAAAGGCGAUUUGGCAGCUUGGAGGCGGACUCGGACGCUCGCUAUCCGGAGGUUUGGGCCCAAGACCGGCACGACCCGGCGGCUCGACCCUUUGGAGUGGAAGCUGCUCAGGCCGUGCAACGACGCACCUCCAGGUUGGUGGCCAAGCUAGACCGGGAACUUCCUGAUGGCGCCGAUGUGGUCUUAGUCUCACACGGUGAUGCCCUGCAGAUCCUGCAGACCGCAUUCUUGAACUUGAACGCCUCGAAGCACCGCACCUUGCCUCACUUGGAUCGAGCAGAGCUGCGCGAACUGAAGAAGAGGUGA